CUUGGGGCGCACGGACGCUCGAAGCUCGCGGCCUCCGAGUGGGCGGUCUUGGACCUGGGCGUCCGAGGUUCUAGCCCGGUUCUGGGUUGGAGGACCUCGUCCUGGGGGCCGAGGCGGAGAGAGCGGGCAGGGAGGGUCCUCACGGGGGCAUUCGGGAGCCUGGAGGGGCUCAGAUCGGAGGCGCUGAGGCCCCGGGAGAAGAACCUGCCCGCUGAGCAGAGCGUCUGGUUCCUCGAGAGCCUUCGGGCCCGGAUAGCGCCGAGGAAGCAGCGUGGAGGCUGAACGACACCCCUCCGCGAGAGGGGACCGCCCCGUCCCGGAGCCUGUGGGGCCACCUGUGCUCCCCGCCCUCCCAGUGCGGGAGGAUGCAGGCCUUUCCUUAGCCCCACCCCAGCCUGGCGAGUGCAUCCUUUGAUGUGAGGCCUGCAGGGUUCGGCCGUGCACCUGACGGAGAUCUUGGCUAUUUACUGAUGUUCUUCGCUGACCGACUCUUGCCUGUGCUGGGGGCGUGGGAGUCUGCGCUGGUUUGGUUUGGGGGGAGCUCGAGAGACUGGCUCACCUUUCCAGGUCGCAGCUGGGAGAGAGGAUGGGCUCAGCACAGGCUGUGUGGCAGGCGUCCUACCAGAUGCAUGGUACCCAGCACACAUAGUAUCUUGUGGUUCUUCCUAGGUGCAAAUAGCUAUGGGCAACUCGGCCUUGGCCAUAAGGAAGAUGUGCUUUUGCCCCAGCAACUGGAUGAGUUCUGUAAACCUGGGUGUGUCAAGAGGAUCACGGGAGGAGGGGGCCAUUCUGCUGUCGUCACAGAUGGAGGAAGCCUUUUUGUCUGUGGCCUGAAUAAGGAUGGGCAACUGGGGCUUGGUCACACAGAUGAUGUUCUGUAUUUUACCCCCUGCACAUCCCUUCUCGGCUGUUCCAUCCAACAGGUGGCCUGUGGCUGGGAUUUCACCAUUAUCCUCACAGAACAUGGUCAAGUUCUAUCAUGUGGUUCCAACUCCUUUGGCCAAUUAGGAGUUUCUCAUGGGCCUCGAAGAUGUAUGGUUCCCCAGGCCAUUGAGCUCCUGAGAGAGAAGGUUGUCAGUAUUGCUGCUGGACUGAGGCAUGCUUUAGCUGCUACAGCAAGUGGUAUCGUGUUCCAGUGGGGAACUGGUCUGGCAUCAUCUGGACGGCGGUUGUGUCCUGGGCAGUCUCUCCCCCUGUUUUUGACAGCAAAGGAGCCAAGCAGAGUGACAGGUCUAGAGAAUUCUAAGGCGAAGUGUGUCCUUGCUGGCUCAGAUCACUCAGCUUCAUUGACAGAUUCAGGAGAGCUGUAUGUUUGGGGAAGCAACAAACAUGGUCAACUGGCCUCCCAGGCUGCUUUCCUUCCUAUGCCCCAGAAAAUAGAAGCACAGUCUUUUCAGAAUGAAAAGGUCACUGGCGUCUGGAGUGGGUGGACACACUUGGUGGCUCAGACAGGUCUCAUCCCUGUGACUGAUUUGAAGGCACUCUGGAUACUCGAGGGAGCCCAUACCCCAUGGGCAGGUCCUGGGCAGGGAUGACUUAGAAUGGACGAGAUUGGUAGGGACUGAAGAAUCUGCCUCAUUGUCUGCCUCCUGGGAAGCUCUCUCCGGGCUACGUGGAAGGUCACUCAGGAAGCCGUCACUCAGGAAGGUCACUCAGGAAGCCGUCACUCAGGAAGCCAUCACGUUGCCUUCUUUCUCGAAGCAUUUCUGAAGAUGAGUAGCUUUGGGGCUUCUCCCACACCUCCCUGAGGAGAUGGAAGUGUGUGGGAAAGGGUUACUCACAUUUAUCAAGGACGCACUGUGUGCCAGGCAUUUUGCCAGGGCUUUACAAAAUCAUCUACUUAAUCCACAUGUAAAUUUUGCCAAGUAAGGCUCAGCCACUCCCAUUUUACAUAUAAGGAAACUGAAGUGAAGUCAAGAGACAUGGGCUCACCUGACCUAGUUACUUGCCUUGCUCAAUGUGAAAUGGGGGUCAGCUUGUCAACUUUCAAGGUGAUAUGAGGCUCAAGUGAGGUCAUGGAUGGGAAUGACCUUGCAAACUGGAAAUCUCUUUGUGCACAGGGGGUCAUUCAUCGUGCAGCUUUCUGGCCAGAUUUGCUUGGGUCUUUCUUUCCUGGGCUAAUAGAAAGUUCUAGCCUUUGGUUUUUCCUUCAUCCAGUCUGCCCCUGAGUCAGUGACUCCUACUCAUUACUUCCCUCUUUUAAGUCCAUAACUAUGGAGGCAUUACUCUUUUUUUGUUUUUAAAGAAAAUUAACCCUACAGUACAAAAUUAAUA